UGGAAGAGGUCGUAGAGCAGAUUCUGGCGAACCCUAAGCCCUGACCCCUGUGGUGUGGGGGGUGAGUUCGGGGCAAUGCGCUGCCCCACCCUGCUGGCCCUGCUGGCGGGGGUCAUGCUGUACCUGGUGAUGGGGGCGUUGGUGUUCCGGAACUUGGAAAGCCCCAAGGAGAGCAAGGAGCACGAGAAGCUGCUCUGCACCACACGUGACUUCCUCGGAAACCACUCAUGUGUCACUGCACAGAACCUCAGCGACCUCAUAAAGAGUGUGGUGAAGGCGGUGGAGGCAGGCCUGGACGUAAAACACAGCUCCACCAACUUCACUAGCAGGUGGGACCUGGCCAGUGCCUUCUUCUUCUGUGGUACCAUCAUCACCACCAUUGGGUUUGGUAACCUUUCUCCCAGGACCAAAUGGGGCCAGCUGUUCUGCGUGUGCUAUGCCCUGGUAGGGAUCCCUAUGUUUGGUUUCCUGCUGGCUGGUGUCGGGGACCACAUGGGGACGGGGCUGAGGAAGGCCGUGUGGAAGAUGGAGACGCUCUUCCUGAAGCGGCGGGUCAGUCCCACCUAUGUACGGAUCAUGUCUGCUGUUCUGUCCAUCCUGAUUGGCUGUCUGAUCUUCCUCGCCGUGCCAACGCUGGUGUUUAAGGAAGUGGAGGACUGGUCCUUUCUGGAGGCGCUCUACUUUGUGGUCAUCACCCUCACCACGGUCGGCUUUGGAGACUACGUAGCAGGUGCUAACCGGCGGGACGGAGAUCUGUUUAAGCCCCUGGUGUGGCUCUGGAUAGUGUUUGGCCUGGCUUACUUUGCCUCCAUACUCACCAUGAUCGGGAACUGGCUGCGGGUGCUGUCCAAGAAAACACGUGCUGAGAUGGAGGAGUUGAGGGCCCAUGCUACAGACUGGACCCAGAACAUCCAGAAUAUGUCCAUGGACUUCCGGAUCCCCAACCCUCUGGACCUCAACGACCCCUUCCUGCUGCAGCGGCGCCGCUGGAAACGCAGCACCCGGCGGCGGGUCCGCAGGGGGGCGCUGGGGCACCGCGGCAGGCAGGGCGCUAUAGGGGAGAACGGACAUCUGCCCAAUAGGUGGGUCUCCCAUACCCGCUCCAUGACCCGUCUGGAGGUUGUGAGGUUAGGGGGGGGCGAGGUUAGGAAUGAGGGGACGAGGUUAGUACCAGGGGUGGAUUCCAGAGUCAGUGCGAGGUCAGAGGGCAGGUCGUUGGGCCGGACGUUGGUGAGGUCGCUGUCGAUGCCUGCGGCGCGCUCUGUGAUGGAGUUAGAUUAUGACCGUGAUCCUGUUGCUAUGAUGAUGCUGCAAGGGGAGUCUGCGUUUGAGUCUAAGUCGCUGUCCGAGUCUCCAGAGUCUGACUCCAGAUCAGAAGUCUCCUCCUCUGACUCUCACACCUCUGACAUGUGUACACCAGGGCAGGGGAUAACUUUUGCCAGUUUUGACGCCAGUGGGUCUCUCUGUACUGGGGAGAGGGGAAGACAGGGAGGAUCCAGACAGGUAUUUUUCCAGGAGGAUGUCCGGUUCCCUGUGCCUCUCCAGCAGCUCCCCAAGUCCCACAACCCCACCAAGCCCAUCCCCAUGUCGCCCAUAUUCUCUGUGAAACCCAUGCCGCUCCCCAUGCCCAACCCACCAGGCUGCAAAAUGCUAGAUUUCUUCGGGGAGAACUUGGCCUACAUUGACGAGUCGUCGGACACGUUGAGUGACAGGAACCAGCCGGUUGAGGGGGCUGUCAGUCCUCGCCCCCGUAAGCCCUGCAGGAGGAGCAUAAGGAGGCAGCUGCCCCACCGGAGCACCCUGAAGGAGAGGGACAGUGACAUGCAGCCCCCCUCCAACCCCCCGACACCUCCCCCUCUCUCCCAUCUCAGAGACUGA